AAGAAAUUCAUUUGUUCACAUAUAAUUUUUCUUAAGUCUCGGUUGUGUAUUUGUUGUAUGUGUUGUUUUGUUGUGUGUAUUCAGCGCGCGUACUCCAGUUUAUAUAAUUAUUGUGCGUAUAUGUGUGUAGUUAUGUAUCCGUGCUUUCGCAAUUGUAUGUGUAUGUAAUAUAAAUAAUUUUUGAAUAAAAAAUCGAUAAAGGACUAUUUGAGAAGAACAUUUAAACACGCACAGCCAACAACGGCAUAAGAUACAUAUAUACAUAUAUAAAAUUUGUGUAUGUAUACGUGUGAAAAUUUACUCAGAUGUAUACACACAACGCAGUGGACUUGUAACGGACAACGGCCUCAUGCUUGGCACUAGUUUGUAUUUAACAUUCAGUGAGUUUGGUUGCUAGAUACGCGAGCGUCUUGUCUGUAUUCCAUCACUACGCCACCAAAUUGCUAUCUUAAAUUCUGCCAAAUAUUAAAAAGCAAUCAGAGAGAGAAAGAGAGAGAGAGAGAGGAGUGUUUAUGCAAAGAAUGGUUGAGCAUCAUCAUGCAAUGCUUAAUGAUAUAUUCAAAGUUCGUUAAGCCAGAAAGCAAACAAAUUGUGUAAUUUUUACAUUCGAAAAUUAAAAAUACAUAUUUUUCAAAUGGAAAGAGGCAUCUUGUGAAGAAAAAAGUCGUCUACUGUGGUAGUUUUACCAAAGAAUCAAUAUAGAAGUAGAAAACCUCCCCUCUAUAAAAAAUCCGGGGCUUGGUACUUAGUUAGCGUACCGCUACUAUCGACAUGUCUUUGCAAACGAAACGCCAACACUGUUAUUUAUGCGAUUUGCCGCGUAUGCCAUGGGCCAUGAUCAACGAUUUUUCAGAGGCGGUGUGCCGGGGUUGUGUAAAUUAUGAAGGAGCAGAUCGUAUAGAGCUUGUGUUGGAUGCAGCCCGCCAAAUGAAACGAUUGCAUCAGGCUGCUAAGCGUAGCCAUGAAAAUGGCGAAGUUUCACAGCAAAGUGGCAGUCAACCGCAACCACAAAGUCAGCACCGGAGUGCCGGUCCUAUUGGUGUGGGUGUGGCGGGUCAACAACAGCAUCAUCACACUUAUCCAACACAGAGGAUCGGACCGCCGCAGACUAGCCUAAUGGAUUUCCCAGUGAAAAUGGAAGCCCACGAUGCCAGUGUACGCCCGGUGCGUAUUUCACACAUGGCUCCGCAUCAUAUGUCUAUGUCCAAUAGAGCUGUGGCUGCGGCAGCUGCCGCCGGCUCUAGCGUUAGUCCCGCACAAGUCGGUGGUCCGGUACCACCGACUUUAUCAGUAAAUUUGAAGCGUCCACCUUCCGAGGAGGACGAUCACGGUCAUACAGAUGGUAGCGGACCUUCUGGCAUUAAACGUUCUGCAAUCGAUGAUCCUACACAACGACCACCACUUACACGAGGCGAAUCUCUACCGGCAGCUGUCUCCUUUGUUUCGGAGCGUUCCUCGGGCUUGCGGGACAAACAUCAACCAGUAAGAGCACCAUCAUUUGAUGCCUCAACUUUUAAACCUGCUGUAUUCCCAACAAUACCAAUUCCGGCCAUUGCGUUAGGCAAUUCAACGCCUCCAAUCCACCACCACCACCACAACAACAACAACAACAACAACCACCACCAACAUCAAAACCAUCAUCAUCACCACCACCACCACCAACAACAACAACAACUACCACAACCACAACAGCUACCCCAACAGUCUAUAACAGUACAACCUCAAUUAAAUCUGUCACAAUUAUCAACAACAACAACAACGACAACAGCAACAGUAGCGACCCAGAAUAGCCACAAUAACAACAACAAUUGUUCAAUAACACAAUUAUCACAAAGUCCGAUGGCUAAUCUAAUGUCCAUUACAGAGACACUGCCACCGGGCAGUCCACGUAACGGCCCAAGUCCACCGGGACCACCACCUCCCCGUACCGCAUCAAGAGGCAGUCAACAUUCGCCUAAUAGUUCGGCUGGCUCUUCUUCAGGCCGUCGAUCGUCAGGGUCGCGUCAUGUUUCGAGUACUACCGUAACCAGCUCAGAGGUUCAAGUAAACCAGCCACUAAAUGUGGGACAGGUGACAGCUGGUGGAUCAGUAAAUGCUACCGGUAUUAGUAGUAAUGCGGCAGCUUCAGCCGGUGGUCCUUUAACCGUUAAUGCCGACAACGUUAGCAAUCCUGCAGCGAACAGUACGCCUGGUCAACCAACGCCAGGCCUUAGCAGUUCAGCCAGUGUUCCUCCCGGAUCAACAGCCGCUGCACCCAAUUCCGGACAGAAUACCACCCUAAAAUGUACACUCUGCCAAGAACGUUUAGAGGACACGCACUUUGUACAGUGCCCUUCCGUUAAUCAUCAUAAAUUUUGUUUUCCCUGCAGUCGAGAGAGUAUCAAACGACAAAAUGGUCUUGGAAAUGAGGUCUAUUGUCCAAGUGGCGAUCGUUGUCCAUUGGCCAACAGCACUAUACCAUGGGCAUUUAUGCAGGGCGAAAUUAGCACCAUUUUGGGUGAAGAAGUAAAGGUGAAGAAAGAGCGCGAAUCUUAAUGAUCAUAUUAUUGCAAAAAGCUUAGACGAGCUUUGGGCAAUUUUGAAAACAAUUAAAAAAAAAAAAAAAAAAAAAAAAAAAAAAAA